AGAAACGCCGCGCCCGAAUGACGUUUUCGGCAGGUCUUAAUUUUAGUUUGGGGGACAGGGCCGCCAUUUUUGAUGACGUAGAACACACGUUGCUGCAUGGCGUUGACCCGCGUUUGAAGUAAAGUACACUGUAAAGCGGUGCAGAGUGUGAGUUUAACCUGCGUGUGAGAGUUUUACCGAACUGAGAGCUCUCAUAACAGAGUGUCCCACAUGUCCUCUUCAGCUGCGGUGCCAUCAAAGAGUGAAGCUUGGUUUGCUUACAUGACGUCUAGUCGUCUAGGCUUCCUGCGUCCGUUGCUCUACUACAUCAGAAGCCCCGUUGUGAGCAGCGCGCGAGUGCCUCCUCUCACUCAACAUCUCUGCCCCCAUGUUGUCGUCUCUCCACCUUGUUACGCCCGCCAUUACGCUACGAAGAAAAGUAAAGCCAAAGCGAAGAGCCAGACUGGUAAAGUGAGCAUCAACGCCGCCCUGGUGGAGAAUAUCAUCAGCCUGGACGAGGUGAAGGAAGACAUGGCUGCCGUGCUGGCUACGCUGAAGGAUGACUUCAGCCGAAACCUGGGCAUCAGAACCUCGCCAGGUGCGCUGGACCACAUCACCGUGAGCACCAAGGACGGUAAAUUCCCUCUGAACCAACUCGGACAGAUCUCCAUGAAAUCUCCACAGCUCAUCGUCAUCAACAUGGCCAGCUACCCCGAGGCCACAGCAGCAGCCACCCGUGCUCUACAGGAGAGCAGCAUGAAGCUGAACCCAGAGGUGGAUGGCACCAUCAUCAGGGUCCCCAUUCCCAAGGUGACUCGGGAACACAGGGAGAACCUAACCAAGCUGGCGAAGCAGUUUAGCAACAAGGCCAAGGAGUCGGUGAGGAGGGUUCGCUCCAACGCCCUGGCGCAGGUGAAGAGGAGUAAAGAGGGCGUGUCCGAGGACACCAUCCACCUGAUAGAAAAGCAGGUUCAGCAGAUGGCGGACGCUUUCGCAGCAGACAUCGACAAACAACUCGCCUCUAAAACCAAAGAGCUCCUGGGCUGACACGGACUCUUUAACGAAGCUUUCCAACGUCGUUUAUUUCGGGUGUCAUUUCAGGAGUCGGAAGCCGGACAUCCCGAAAAAAACGAGCGGAACUGUUUUUUUUUUGUUUUUUUUUUUUAACCAGCCCCCCCCCAUCCCCCCCGUCAAACUAAACAUCCCGUAACCAGCGCGGUGAUUAAACCGGACUGUAGAAGGCAGCGAUUGGGGCGUUGUUUGUUUGUGUGUUUUUUAAUCGCGUGUAAACAAACGUCGCCAUGGCACGGCAGCGGCUGUCGGAGGCCACGCCCAUCCUCACAUCCUCACAUCCUCAAACAAACAGCCGGGAGGACAGAUGAAGUUUUAAUGUGGUUCUGGGGUUCCUCCCUGCUAAUCAGAGCGAUGCCACACGGCCGCGUUUACGUAAGAAAGUGUAAACUCGUCAGUCUUUACAGGACGGAGCUCGUAAUAAACCCUUCGUUUCCCUACAUAGCUGCUGUUUUGUUUCUGUUUUUUUAAAUAAAAUACGGAGAUUUUUUGUUACCAGUUCAGUCGUGUUUUGUCUUUUGGUUUGUUUUUUUUUUUGUUUUGUUUUUUUUAAAGGUGACAUUUAUCUCGCACAUGCACCAAACCUGAGCUAUUACAUUGUGUACUUACAUUUCGAGAGGUACACAGCGCAAGGGAAACAUCAGGGUGACUGAAUAAACAGGCGUUUAAACGAGGCAGUCCACAGGCGGGUUUUCUCCGAGGCCAGGUCCAUAUGUCAGUAAUUUGGGGGCAUUGUGUAUCUUGGCCUGGACUGGAGGCUCAUGAUCGAUGAAAGGGGUGAAAAUCCCGAGUCGCUGGCUCCGUGCACCGGCUUGAAAAUUGCUUUCAGCUGAUAGCUUCACUUCGCUUUACAUUUAUCACGCGGAUUGCGGUGCGUCUCUCCCUCUCUCUCUGUUUACAGCCGCCCUGACGGAGGCGAUCGGGAAGGCGGGAGCCGGGGCCGAAUGUUUUUCCUUCUGUGUCGCUGAAAAUAUACACGCGUAAAUUGACUCUAAACUUUCGGGAUCGUAAAAGUCUCGCUGUCGAUUACCCGCUCGUCUCGGGCACGUCUUAACAUUCUAAAACCGCGUGGGGAAACAAAAUGGCCGCUCCCUUUUUUUGGCAGCUCGAUCUGAGAAACCGGGACGAAAGUGAUGGAGCGGUGCGGAUUCGGUUCAGUUAUUUAGAUGACUGUUUAUACUACAGAAAGUGUUGAUGAUUCAUCUUCUCUACAGCAGCUCUGAAAGUAGUUCUGACCGUUACGCCAAUCGCAGGUUCAUAUUAAGGCGCUCGUCGUAACACGUUGGCGUUUCUAUAGUAACGGCUCGUUCACGGAGACUUGGACCGAUUUUGCGGCAGCUUCUUUCACGCGCCUUUCGAAAUCGGCGGAAUUGUUCCGCGCACGCUUUCGCAGUGAUGCUCGUCGGUCAGCGAGACCUAUCGGCUGCACUCGUGUUCGACGCACGUGAAUCGAAGGGCGCGUCACGUGACGCGUCUUGGCCCGGAUCUGCGCUAAUUUUCGAAAACAAAU